AGAUAGGCUUCGCAUCGCAACUUCAUAUAACUAAUAAUAGCAGCUAACUGAAGCCUAUUUUCUCCAUGAAGCGACUAGGAGCGGCCCGUCGAAUGAACCAUGGGCGCACACUGCCCCGUUUCCUUGCGUUCGCCAGUUGGGAGACAGCUUUAUCGGGUGGCUGGGAAUUGUUGUCUUCCAGCCUCCCUGCCAGCCUCCUCGAUAUCGCACAACGUGACCCCAGCAGUUAAUAUCUCCCAUCGGACGCACUGUUCCGGAAUGUCCAUCAUGACAUUGACAGUACCGUGGUUCGAGUCCACAUUCCUCUCGUCUUGACGGACGCCAUGAUCACUCGAGGCGGUGCCAGUCUGAGAACCGUCAACUCAAGCAAACCUCAAUUAUCACAUUCAGAGUCACGGCAGUCUGUCGCAGCGUCGGAUGAUUACUACUCGUUUUCAGAUCAGUCAUCCACGAAGAGUAGUGGGAGUAAACUCACGGUGGUCCAAUACGCGACCCCGCAAUCCCACAGGUCGCGGGAGCCGUCACCUAGUCUCCCUCCAACAGCGGAGGAAGAAGAAGAGAUGACGCCCAGGCAACCUGGGAGAGGAAUACGCGAUGCGGAGAUUCGACGUUCAGGAGCAUUGAGUGACGCCAAAGUAUCAGAGACCUGCUCUAGCCCGGAUAAUGCCAUCCGCCCACCAGGCACACAGGACAUACCGUACAUCCGGUUCGCAAUUGAACAGCUGACCAGGGAUGAAGAGGUCGCCGGGGUAGGCAGGCAGAACUCUACGGUCAGCACUGACUACCCUGGCGAACCGUUCGUUGGUGAUGGGAGCUACUUUUCCCGCACUCCUGAGCCCUCGAAAGAACCACCAAACCCUGGCCCAGAACGGCCUCCGAGUUCACAGAGUGAGAGAUCGGAUAUCGGAGACUUGUUUCUUGCAGCAGAACAACCGGACGACAACCUAUAUCCGUCUCUCGAUUAUGUGCCAGUAGUACUACGACCGUGGGCACUGGCUGCAGUUAUACUGUGUUGUCUACUCAUGAUUACAGGAGUAGCGUUCUGUAAUGCAUGGUCGCAGCGACAUGAUGGCUUGUGGGACUACGAUGGGGUGGGAACUGCACGAUAUUUUGUGUUCCAGUUUCUCCCUCAGCUCCUGGCCGUUUUGCUCAUUAUCUGGAUCUUCGUCAUUCAAGCGGCGGUAUACCGCACAAUCCCUUUCUCGAUGAUGGCCACUGAACGGCAGCAAGAUAGUGUCUUGCAAAAGCUGUCGAUCUUACCACGGAACUUCCUGCUUCCUGAUUUCUCGCACUUCAGGAAUGGCGAACUCUUGAUAGGAGUUUCUCAGUUUAUCAUCUGGCUUACGAAUUUCUUUGCGAUACCCCUACAGUCAUGUCUUUUUCAGACUAAGCACUAUACUAUCGGCGGGCGAGGUGUAUGGCGAUGGGUUUCAGUGCAACCCGUGGGCUGGACGCUGGUGGCUGUUUAUGCGUUAGUCACUAUAGCGCUACUACUGCUCAUGUUCAGAUACUGUCGAAGCUGGACGGGUUUGAUGUGGGAUCCAGUCAGCCUGGCUGACCUCAUUCCACUCAUCCAGAGGUCCAAUAUCCUCCAUGAUUUUGAGCGAUCGGAAACUGCGCGAGCAGUCAGAGAUGUGGUGACUCCUCGGUGCCUUAGACUUGGUUACUGGCGAGCAUCUGAUAAGACAGAUGUAUUCUAUGGCAUUGGCGAGGAACAUGCCCCCAUUCGGAACCCUUCUCUCCAUGACUCGAACAAGUCCAGAGAGAAGCAGCCUGACCUGCUCCCAGGUCUAGAAGAGCAGGGAGGCAUGUCGAAUGAUAGUUUCCAGGGGAAUCUCCACUCGCCUGCCGUUCGAUAUAGAUGGAUGGUCUGGUUUCUCAGGGAUUCGAGCCUUAUCGCGUGGACUCUCAUCGUGUUUGCCCUAUUCAUCGCAUUUGUGGUGGUCAGCUUCGUUAACGAUGCUAUCCCGACCGGCUUCGUGCCUCGUCUCCCAACGUUGGCUUCUGAUGAUGGGUUUUCGGCGUCCAACUUCCUCUUCAGUUUUAUACCGGCAUUCAUAGGAACCUUUCUGUUUCUUGCAUGGCAGCCUAUCGACGUCUAUUUCCGUGCGCUACAACCUAUUCUGGAAAUGUCAUCUCCCGAAGGUGCAACUGCAGAUAACAGUCUACUACUGUCUUACCCGGCUGAUCUUCCGCUCGCUGUAACACUUUCUGCGUUGCUCGCGAGACACUGGAAGGUGGCUUGGAUCUCCUUCAUGAGCGUUGCAUCUCUGGCUAUUCCAGUUCUAUCCGGCGGUAUCUUCAUAGCUCUGUGGUACCCAUCAGAAAGCAAGGUGCGGAUCACCGCCUGCCUACCAGCCUUCUAUGCCCUCGUUGCAUUCUGUGCUCUAUACACGGUCUCCUUCCUUGUUAUUUGGCCAGGCCGUAAACGGUACUUGCCACAUGACAUCAGCAGCCUAGCGGACCUUCUCAGUUUUCUUUAUCAGAGUCCUCUUCUAAGCGACAAGCUGCUUCGUGAACCCAGGACCAAAACCGACCUGGUGACACGAUUGAUCAUUUCUCCACCCGGCGGGAGGGAGCUUCCUCGAUAUGGAUUCGGGGUGUACCGUGGCCGCAGCAACUCCAAGGAACAUUUAGGCAUCGAUCGCCUUCACAGACCGGGCAGGCCUGACAUGCUCAUAACGACCGCGACUAUGAAGUCUAAGAGGGCGUCGUUACUCUCAACUGGAUUCUAAGCAAGCCAGAGUUCACAAAGAAUGAUCCCGGCCCACCUUUGUCUCUUCAUUGUUUUACCAACACCACAUUGCUACCUCCUCGAGUUCACGAUCUCGUCCUUCUUAUUUGCAUUUACGCACAUUACGAAAAGCAACCACGUCUUGUUCACGACUAAACGCAUUCACGACAAUGUAACGAUACCAAUGGGUUACGAUUAUGCUUUUCCGGGAUACGUACCCCCGCUUAAUUUACAUAAUGUCUU